CUCUUCCCGACCUCCGCCCUCCCGUCUCUCCUCUUACUUUCUUUCUUUUCUCCUCUUCCUCUUCUCCUGAAGACCAUCACUUUCAUACCUUCCCUUCGUUGUUCGACGUCCCUCCCUCCCCCUUUCACCCUAUCCACGAUCCUUUUGGGCUGGACCAGAGGUUCUUAGGGCGAUCCUAUGGUUUCUAUUCACUCCGACCGCUAACUUCCAUCUUUACUUCUCGUCCAACUCGGUCGGAGUUCAGGAACGUUGUCCGAAACGCCAUAGCUUCGUCCCCCUGGCUUUGUCCGCAUGUCGACUGGAGUUGACAGCCGACAUCUCAAGGGUUUACCGUCUUUCUCUAAACCGGGUUCUAGAACUAGUCGACGUUCGAUUUCGCGCACUUCCACCCCCGCAAAAGUUUCCGACAAUCUGAAUUAUCUGGCCGAUUCUAAACCAAGCAACACUUUUUCAAUGUUCGCCAUGGCUCAGACGCAAAGAGCUCGUUAUUUGAAGACCGGAGCGGUUGUUGGCUUCGUUCUAUUAAUGCUUCUAUGGCUUUCGCCCUCCAAGCCCUCCGUGAGCCAUUUUGGAGGAUCCCAGAAGCCAUCGACUGGCGCACCCUCUUUGACUGAGAAGUGCACCAAGCCAUACGACUCUUCCAAGCCCCUGAUCCAGUAUGCGCUCAUGAUCGAUGCCGGUAGCCAGGGCUCCCGGAUUCACGUCUACCGCUUCAACAACUGCGGCCCCACCCCCGAGCUCGAGAACGAGGUCUUUGAGCAGACGGAGAAGAGGCAAGGCGGCUCCGGCUUGAGCUCUUAUAAGGAGGAUGCUGAGGGAGCGGCGAAGAGUUUGGAUCCUCUCAUGCAGGUGGCCCUUAAGUCGGUGCCUGAGGAGUACAGGUCAUGCUCACCCAUUGCUGUCAAGGCCACUGCGGGCUUGCGCAUGCUUGGCAAUGAGAUGAGUAUGAAGAUCCUUGAGGCCGUCAGGACCCGUCUCGAGACCGUGUACCCCUUCCCUGUCGUGUCGCGGGAGAAGGGUGGUGUCGAAAUCAUGGAUGGCUCGGAUGAAGGUGUUUACGCCUGGAUUACCACCAAUUACCUUCUUGGCAAAAUUGGCGGACCGGACGAGACCCCUACUGCUGCCAUCUUCGACCUCGGCGGUGGUUCUACUCAAAUUGUCUUCCAGCCCACCUACCCCAAGAGCCCGUCUGGCGGCAUGCCCGAGCAUCUGGCCGAGGGUGACCACCGGUAUGAUCUUGAGUUUGGUGGUCGGCACUUUGAGUUGUACCAGCACUCUCACUUGGGCUACGGACUCAUGGCUGCGCGGGAAGCGGUGCACAAGGCCAUCGUCGAGGCCAAGCUUGCCGCCAGCCCCACUGACUUGGCCUGGCUGGAUCAGCCUAUCUCGAACCCUUGCAUUGGGCCUGGUAUGGAGCGCAAGGUUGACUUGUCUUUCGAUGCCGGCCACGCUCUCGCUCCCAAGGUUAGCGUCAAGAUGGUGGGUCCGAAGGAAGGAUCCUCGGCUGCACCUCAAUGUCGGGGUCUGACCGAGAAGAUUCUCAAGAAGGAAGCCGACUGCAAGCUGGCCCCCUGCUCGUUCAACGGAGUGCACCAGCCCUCUCUGGCCAAGACGUUCGCUCGGGAAGAUGUCUAUGUCUUCUCCUACUUCUAUGAUCGGACCAAGCCCUUGGGCAUGCCGGAUUCUUUCACUCUGGACGAGCUGCAUCACCUCACCUCGACCGUCUGCGCCGGUAAGCCGGAGUGGAAGAUCUUUGAGGGAAUCGAUGACGCUAUUCCUCAGCUCCUCGACCGCCCUGAAUGGUGCUUGGAUCUGAACUUCAUGCUGGGUUUGCUUCACACGGGUUACGAGAUGCCACUGUCUCGCGAGGUCAAGAUCGCCAAGAAGAUCAAGAACAACGAGCUUGGUUGGUGCUUGGGCGCUAGUUUGCCUCUCCUGAGCCAGGAGUCUGGCUGGACAUGCCGAGUCAAGGAGGUGUCCUAAUGGACGAUAGUGAUGCGGUCUGUAUAAUUAAUCAAUAUCACAUUUUUCUUUUGCCUUUACUUUUUUCUUACCUCUUUUAAACAGAGUAGACUUGGGACUUCUGUAUAUGGUUCAUGUAUCAGACUUUUUCUUCGG